GUCUGCAUCUCAGUUCAUCACUGUUUCUAGUGAAGCCUCCGAGUUCUCUCUGCCAAGGGCCUCGACAGAGCCAAUCGCUCAGCAGCGUAAAGUAAAGAAAAGGAUUAUUGUAUGCUGCGACGGAACAUGGCAGGAUGGAGUUAUCGUGAAAGAACGAUGGAUGUAUACUAACAUUCUCAAACUCUCUCGAGCUCUCAAUCAUGUUGACGAACGGCCCGAUUUUCCCAUUCCACAAAUCGUAUUUUACCAGACGGGUGUAGGGAGCGAGCCCAAUCUUUACUCGGAAUACGUGCAAGGUGCUACCGGAUAUUCUCUUGUCGUCAAAGUUCAAGAAGCAUAUGCUUUUAUUGCACAAAAUUUCCAUCCUGGAGAUGAGAUAUAUUUGUUCGGAUUUUCUAGGGGUGCUUACACCGCACGUAUGAUAGCAAUGAUCAUCGGAGCCAUCGGUGUCCUGAACCGUACUGAUAUGGAUAAUUUUGCCGAUAUCUUCGUGUCGUAUCAAAAGUUAGGAAAACUCAAGGAUGGUGCAGAGAAGACAGCUUUACAAAAAAAGCUUGACCCUUGGUUAUCUCAUGACGCUCCUGGAAAAAAACGAGCCGACUCCGACCAAGACACGUUUUCAAUCAAAUGUGUUGGCGUUUUCGACACAGUUGGUUCUCUGGGUUUGCCUGAAGAGUUGACGCACCAUGCACCAUCGACUAAGUCCCUCUUUGGGUUCUCUGAUACUUUCCUUGGAGAGCAUAUCGAGCGCGCAUAUCAAGCCCUUGCAUUAAACGAAACUAGGGCAGACUUUAAUUGUGCGAAAUUUGACCAGACAACAGGUGGUCGCAAAAAGGGUCAGGUUCUUAAGCAGUGUUGGUUUACUGGUUCUCACUCUGAUAUUGGUGGAGGCUGGCACGAUCAUGAUCUCUCUGAUUUGACCCUCACUUGGAUGGUGGCAAACAUCGAGGACAUGUUGUCAGUUGACAUGACGUACAUUAAAUCAUUACCGGACCCGGUGGCACUCUGGGGAGAACAGCAGCCACACGACCCGCGGACAGGUAUUUUCAUCUUAUCAGACAAAAUUAGUCGAACACUGCCCACGAAGACUGACGACGUCACACACGAAACUAUUCAUCCCUCGGUGUUACGCCAGGCGCAUAUGCUUCCUCAAUUACAGAAAAACAUUGAUGAAGACCCUGCCCUCGUUUGUCAGCUCUUACCUUUCGAGCAGGAGAUGAGGGAACACUGGCCAUAUGUUCCGGGAAAAUAUGAUGCGAAGCAGUCCAGAGGGUCUGCUCAAGUGAUAUCGGUCACCUCUGCAAAAAAAGAUUUCUUAUGGAGCAGUACGAAGGAGGUAGUAUCCGUCGGGGCUCAGCUAGGUCAAGAGCUCUUCAGGGAGGUUCGUCAGACAACCACGACUACUUCGGGAGGGGACAAUGCACAGGCAUCUCAUGGCUCUAGCUGGUUCGCGCAGAUUGCUCAUGAAUCCCAUGUCGGAGCUAUCAUCAAGGAGUUUUCUGGUUCUCAAACGACCCCUAAACAUUGAGUAAUAGCUAAAAGUUGAUGGCUGUAUUUUAUACUUUCAAUUAAGAUGAUCUUAUUAUCUUGAAU